AUGGAAGUUCAGACUCCAGAUGACAGAGCUCCUGUCCAGACCAACAUCACAGCUCAGACAGGAGGAACAGCAUGUGCUCCUAUGAUCGAUGGAAACACUGUUCAAGGACCACUGACAGUUAUAAACAACAUAUAUGGAGCUCAAGAAGCUUCCACUUCCAGCAGCAGCUCAGCUCAGGCUGCAGGCUCUCCUGGUGCUUCUGUUCUCACUGAAGAAUACAUCACUGUGUCUAAACAAACACACAAAUCUGAACUGGAGAAGAUAUUUAGAAGUAUAAAUGAAGGAGUUUCACAUGAUGGAAACUCAACACUUCUGAAUAAGAUUUACACAGAGCUCUACAUCACAGAGGGUGGAAUUGGAGAGGUCAAUAAUGAACAUGAAGUGAAACAGAUAGAACCAUUUAGGAGACGAUUAAAGCAAGAGACACCGAUCAAAUGCAAUGACAUCUUCAAACCUAUACCUGGAAAAGACAAACUCAUCAGAACUGUGCUGACAAGAGGAAUCGCUGGAAUUGGAAAAACAGUCUCUGUGCAGAAAUUCAUUCUGGACUGGACUGGAGGAAAAGAGAAUCAGGAUGUUGCCUUCAUAUUUCCACUUCCUUUUAGAGAGCUGAAUUUGAUAAAGGAGAAAAAGCUCAGCUUGAUGGAUCUUCUUCAUCUCUUUUUUCCACAAAUCAAAAAAUUUCUUUUAAUAGACUUAAUAAACUGUGCUGACUACACAGUCAUGUUUAUCUUUGAUGGUCUGGAUGAAUGUCGACUUCCACUAGAUUUAGAGAAAAAUGAGAUUUUAUCUGAUGUAACAGAAUCAGCCUCAGUAGAUGUGUUACUGACAAACCUCAUAAGGGGAAAGCUGCUUAGUUCUUCUCUUCUCUGGAUAACGGCUCGACCAGCAGCAGUCAAUGAGAUCCUUCUUCAGUAUAUUAAUCAGGUUACAGAGAUACGAGGAUUCAGUGACCCUCAGAAAGAGGAAUACUUCAGAAAAAAGAUCAGUGAUCAGAGCAUUGCUGAAAAGAUCAUUACACAUAUAAAGUCAUCAAGAAGCCUCUACAUCAUGUGCCACAUACCGGUCUUCUGCUGGAUUUCAGCCACUGUUCUGGAGAAGAUGUUGAGUGAAGCAGAGAGCGCAGUGAUCCCCAAGACUCUGACUCAAAUGUUCACAUAUUUCCUGAAAUUCCAGAUCAAACACAGCAGCCAAAAAUACAGAGGAACAAGUGACACUGAUCCUCAUCAGACUAGAAAGAUUAUUCUGGCACUGGGAAAACUGGCUUUCCAACAGCUAGAAAAUGGCAACACAAUCUUCUAUGAGGAAGACCUGAGAGAGUGUGGCAUUGAUGUCAGAGAAAUGUCAGUGUUCUCAGGAGUCUGUACUCAGAUCUUCAGAGAGGAGUCUGCACUGCACCUGGAGAAAGUUUUCAGCUUUAUUCAUCUAAGUGUUCAGGAGUUUCUUGCUGCUUUAUAUGCAUUUCUAACUUUCAUCUCUGACCACAGAAAUGUGCUAAAGCGAGCCACUGGAUUUUUUGCUUUCUUCAAAAAUUUGGAAAUGUCUGACUUCCUUAGGUGUGCAGUGGACAAGGCUUUAAAGAGUGAGAAUGGACACUUGGACCUUUUCCUCCGCUUCCUUCUGGGCCUCUCACUGGAGUCCAAUCAGACUCUCUUACGAAGGGUACUUCCACAAACAAGAAAGAACUCAAACAGUAAAGAACAAAUAGUCAGGUAUAUCAAGAACAAGAUCAGAGAGAAUCCCUCUUCAGAGAAAUCCAUCAAUCUGUUCCACUGUCUGAAUGAACUGAAUGAUCAUUCUCUAGUGCAGGAAGUACAAAUGUACCUGAACAGAAGAUGUGAUGAUCGUCUAAGUGGGGUUAAUCUCUCUCCUGCUCAGUGGUCAGCUCUGGUGUUUGUGUUACUGAACUCAGAAGAGGAGUUGGGUGAGUUUGACUUGAGCAAAUAUGACCUAUCAGAGGAAUGUCUUCUGAGACUGCUGCCAGUGGUCAAAGCAUCCAGUAAAGCAGUGCUGUGUGAUUGUAAUCUCACAGAGAAAAGCUGUGAAGAUCUGGCCUCAGCUCUCAGCUCAAACUCCUCAUGUCUGAGAGAACUAGACCUGAGUUACAAUAAACUGCAAGAUUUAGGAGCACAGGAGCUCUCUGCAGGACUGAAGAGUCCAAAUUGUAAACUGGAGAAACUUAGCCUGCCUGACUGCAGUAUUACAGAUGAAGGCUGUGCUGAUCUGGUUAAAGCUCUGAAAUUAAACCCCUCACACCUCAAAGAUUUGAAUAUGAGCUGGAAUAAACCAGGAGAUUCAGCAGUGAAGGAGCUCUCUGAUCUACUGGAGGAUCCACACAGUAAACUGGAGAUAUUACAACUGUCCGACUGCAGUAUUAAAGCUGAAGGCUGUGCUGAUGUGGUGAAAGCUCUGAAAUCAAACCCCUCACACCUGAGAGAGCUUGAUCUGAGCGGCAAUAAUCCAGGAGGGUCAGCAGUGAAGGAGCUCUCUGAUUUACUGGAGGAUCCACACUGUAAACUGGAGAAACUACGGCUGUCUGACUGCAGUAUUAAAGCUGAAGGCUGUGCUGAUGUGGUGAAAGCUCUGAAAUUAAACCCCUCACACCUGAGAGAGCUGAAUCUGAACUGGAAUAAACCAAGAGAUUCAGGAAUGAAGGAGCUCUCUGAUCUACUGAGGGAUCCACACUGUAAACUGGAGAAACUACAACUGUCUGACUGCAGUAUUAAAGCUGAAGGCUGUGCUGACAUGGUGAAAGCUCUGAAAUCAAAUCCCUCAAACCUGAGGGAGCUGAAUCUGAGCCGCAAUAAUCCAGGAAGGUCUGCAAUGAAGGAGCUCUCUGAUCUACUGGAGGAUCCACACUGUAAACUGCAGAAACUACAGCUAUCUGAUUGCAGUAUUACCAAUGAAGGCUGCGCUGACCUGGUGAAAGCUCUGAAAUCAAACCCCUCACACCUGAGAGAGCUUGAUCUGAGCUGCAAUAAACCAGGAAUUUCAGCAGCGAAGGAGCUCUCUGAUCUACUGAGAGAUCCACACUGUAAACUGGAGAAACUACAGCUGUCUUCCUGUGGUAUUACAGAUGAAGGCUGCAAUGAUCUGGUUAAAGCUCUGAAAUCAAACCCCUCACAUCUGAGGGAGCUUGAGCUGAGCUACAAUAAUCCAGGAGAGUCAGGAGUGAAGGAGCUCUCUGAUCUACUAAAGGAUCCACAAUGUAAACUGGAGAAACUACAGCUGUCUGACUGCAGUAUUACAGAUGAAGGCUGUGCUGAUCUGGUGAAAGCUCUGAAAUUAAACCCCUCACAUCUGAGAGAGCUGAAUCUGAACUGGAGUAAUCCAGGAGAUUCAGCAAUGAAGGAGCUCUCUGAUCUACUGAGGGAUCCACACUGUAAACUGGAGAAACUACAACUGUCUGGCUGCUAUAUUACAGAUGACGGCUGUGCUGAUCUGGUGAAAGCUCUGAAAUUAAACCCCUCACACAUGAGAGAGCUGCAUCUGAAUUGGAAUAAACCAGGAGAUUCAGCAGUGAAGCAGCUCUCUGAUCUACUGGAGGAUCCACACUGUAAACUGCAGAAACUACAGCUGGGAUUCUGCAGUAUUACAAAUGAUGGCUGUGCUGAUCUGGUUAAAGCUCUGAAAUCAAACCCCUCAUCACACCUGAGAGAGCUGGAUCUGAGCUGGAAUAAACCAGGAGAUUCAGGAUUGAUGGAGCUCUCUGAUCUACUGGAGGAUCCACACUGUAAACUGGAGAAACUACACCUGUAUGAAUGCAGUAUUACAGAAGAAGGCUGGGCUACUCUAGUUAAUGCUCUGAAAUUAAACCCCUCAUCACACCUGAGAGAGCUGGAUCUGAGCAGCAAUAAACCAGGGGAUUUAGGAGUG